CGCCCGCGGGUCCCCACUGACACCGCUGUGAACCCAGAGCAGGCAGCAGCCUGCAGAGCCCUGGGCACGGAGCGGGGCUGCACUUGUAGGUGUCGGUGUUUGCAGCGGGGUGGAACACGGAGCUAACGGGGCAGCAGCACUCUGAGGAUGCUUCAGCUGAGCUGCACCGUGGCCGUGCUGGCGAGUUCAGUGCUGUGAAACGACAGGGGAGUGGUCUGAAGUUAAAUUGUAUGAGAUAAAUAAGGACCUGCUGCUGCUUCCACUCAGGGAUGUGACAGCAUUUGGAGACAUGGAAAGGUGCAAGGUGAAAGGGAGCUCGAAGGAAGGGCUGGGAGCUGCACCCUGUGGGCUAGCCCCAUAGUGUGAUGGUUCAGGGUCCCAGUGCUGAGAAGUGCCCUGAGAUGUCUGGGAAAUUGCAAGGCUGCACAUUUAGCUUGAUUUGUCAGAGAUGUUUGGUUUUAGCUUCAAUUUCCAAUGGAAAAUGUAUUGUGCCAGUCUGCAUGAGAGCCUGGUUCCAGACCCUGCAGAAUUUGAACCAGAUCAGGCAGAGCCCUUAGGGCUGGGAGUGCAACCCCCACAGCAGCUGUGGAUGGACACUGAUGGUGACAGUUCCCAGUGCCUUUGAGCAAAGUCUGUCCCUCAGUGCUGUGUCCACCAGGCUCCCCGUGGCAGCUCCUGCUGGAGGCAGCUGCGCACUGCGUGCCAAGGACGGUUUACAUAGCACAGCCCCACCGCAGCCGCUUCCAGCUCCUGGGCUGCCCUCUCUGCAGCCCCAUCGUGCUUCAGCUGUCCUGUGCUGCUGCAGCUGCCUGAGUGCUGGCAGACUGGGGGCGUGAUGCCACAACACGGUGCUUUCAGGCUUCUCCCUGCACAGCCCCCAGGGCUGCAGUGACACCUCCAGCACGGCCCAGGAGGAGCUGCUGGGAUGGACUGGGACCUCAGCGUGCCCCCUGUGACCACAGUCGCACUGGCUGGGUGAUGUCGUGAGGAGGGCAGGACGGGCGCUUAUCUGGUAGCUGCAGCCAGGGUGUGCAGGCAAAGGGGCAGCUGUGGAGGAAGCAACCAGGCUAGGGCUGGGAGGAAGGAGCCCAGCAGUCAGCCCCUUCCUCCACUCAGAGCAGAAAAGCCCUGUGCCAAAGCAAACUGCGGCCCGGACAAUUGCCGUUAUUAAUGGUGGUGUUUGCAGGGAUUUCUGCAGCUCUGGGGCACAGCAGUCCGUGCACAAGGCUCCAUCAGUGCCUUUCUGCUGCCUCCUGCUGCGCUGGGCUUGGCUGUGUGCAGGGCAGCACGGCCCCACUGAGGUGCAGCAAAGCGCCCAACACGGUGGCACUGCAGGUGGAUGGUGACCUCUCCUCUCUCCCCCCAGUCAAUCCAUGCUGCUAUUACCCCUGCCAGCACCUGGGUGUGUGUGUGCGCGUCGGCCUGGAAGGCUACGAGUGUGACUGCACACGGACGGGGUACUUUGGGGCCAACUGCACCUCACCUGAGCUCUGGACACGCCUACGUGACCUGCUGAAGCCCAGUCCUGCCUUUUACCACUUUGUCCUCACCCACUUCAGGUGGCUCUGGGACAUCAUCAACAGCACAUUUGUCAGAGACACUCUGAUGAGGCUCGUGCUCACAGUUCGCGCCAACCUCAUCCCCAGCCCUCCCACCUUCAACUCCCAGUAUGGCUACAUCAGCUGGGAGGCCUACGCCAAUGUCAGCUAUUACACACGCAUCCUCCCACCGGUGCCGAAGGAGUGUCCCACGCCCAUGGGGACCAAAGGGAAGCAGCAGCUCCCUGACGCCCAGCUGCUGGCUGAGCGCUUCCUGCUGAGGCACAAAUUUGAAGCUGACCCCCGGGGCACCAACUUGAUGUUUGCCUUCUUCGCCCAGCAUUUCACCCACCAGUUCUUCAAGACCUCUGGAAAGAUGGGACGCGGUUUCACCAAGGCACUGGGGCACGGGGUGGACCUGGGGCACGUGUAUGGGGACAACCUGCAGCGGCAGCACCAGCUGCGGCUCUUCCAAGAUGGGAAGCUCAAAUUCCAGGUGGUGAACGGGGAGGUGUACCCCCCCUCUGUCACCGAGGUGCCGGUGCACAUGGUCUACCCGCCUGCCGUCCCCAAGGAGAAGCAGCUGGCAAUGGGGCAGGAGGUGUUUGGGCUGCUGCCGGGGCUCUGCAUGUAUGCCACGCUCUGGCUGCGUGAGCACAACCGUGUCUGUGACAUUCUGAAGCAGGAGCAUCCCACCUGGGGUGACGAGCAGCUCUUCCAGACAGCGCGGCUCAUCCUCAUCGGGGAGACCAUCAAGAUUGUCAUUGAGGACUACGUCCAGCACCUCAGCGGGUACUUCCUGAGCCUCAAGUUUGACCCUGAGCUGCUGUUCGAGCAGCAGUUCCAGUACCGGAAUCGCAUUGCGGUGGAGUUCAACCAGCUCUACCACUGGCACGGGCUGAUGCCCGACUCCUUCACCAUCCAGGGACAGGAGUACAGCUAUGAGCAGUUCCUCUACAACACCUCCAUGCUCAUGGACUACGGUAUAGAAGCCCUGGUGGAGUCCUUUUCCAGGCAGACUGCAGGAAGGAUCGGUGGGGGGCAAAACAUCAACGCCAAUGUGUUGGGAGUUGCCGUUGGAGUCAUCGAGGAGUCGCGGCAGCUGAGGCUGCAGCCCUUCAAUGAGUACCGGAAGAGGUUUGGCCUGAAGCCCUACGUGUCCUUCCAGGAGCUCACAGGAGAGGAGAAGAAGGCAGCAGAGCUGGAGGAGCUGUAUGGAGACAUCGAUGCUCUGGAGUUUUAUCCAGGGUUGCUGCUUGAGAAACCCCAACCCAACGGCAUCUUUGGGGAAAGCAUGGUGGAGAUUGGCGCUCCAUUUUCACUGAAGGGACUUCUUGGGAAUCCCAUCUGCUCCCCAGAGUACUGGAAGCCCAGUACCUUUGGUGGAGCAACCGGCUUCGAGAUCGUCAAGACAGCAUCACUGGAGAAACUCGUGUGCCUCAACGUGAAGAAGUGUCCGUACGUGGCGUUCCGUGUGCCCGAUGCAGUGGCAGCAGGUGAGACCGACAGCAGCCGUGCGGGUGGAGCAUCAUCCACAGAGCUGUAGCAGCAGCACAGCCCACACAGGCAGCGCUGGGGCCGGUGCUCUGCUCAUCCUGUGCCAGCAGAGCAUCCUGCCCUGGGUGGGCUCCAGCUCUGCCCCACACCAGCAGGGAGAGGCUGGUGCUCACCUUGGGAAGAGCUCGAGUGCUUGAGGAGACCUCAGCAGACCUAAUCUUCCUACCACUGCCUCGCACUAAGCCGGCUUGGGAGCUCACUUGGUAAAUCCCAGUGUCCCAGGAUGCUCCUGGCCUCUCUGCUCCUCUCCCUCAGCUCCCACUGCCCACGUCUGCUGUGGGGCAUCAUACUCCAGAGAGCAUGCAGCAUGCAGAGCCUUCCUGGCCUCCUUGGGGAGGAUGUGCUGCAGACGCGCUGCAGGCUGUGCUCUCACCUGGUUCCCCACAGCAGCCCUCUGUGCCUUCCAUCCUGCCUGGCACUGGACAGAGGGUGACCAUGCCAGCUGCCCAGCCCUGGGGAGCUCCCAGAGCCCUGUGUCCCCCCUCUGUACUGCUAUCCUGGCAUACAACAGGCUGCUCUGAGCUACCUCUGUGCACAUCAUCCUAUAAAGACUCCCCCACCCUCUGCUCAUUGCACUUUCCUGCAUUAAUAGCUCAGUAAACAACGUUCCAAAGGCACACCGCCUGCUUGACCUGCUCCACAGCACAUGCAGACAUAAGCCCUCACCAACAGCAUGACGUGAUCACUGGCAGCCAGGGCUGCUGGCCUUGGUCCCAGCCAGAUCCUAGAAAAUGGACCUCUAAAAUAAACAAUGUUAAAAACCACUCUCAUUUCCUCCAAGUUCUCAGGCUUUCGCAGUGCAGAGACAGGCCAAGGCAGGUGCCUGGGACCCAGGUGGAGGUGGGGAAGGCUCAGCAGCACUCACACGGGGCACAGGGAUUUCCUGGGUCCCAGCCCUUGCUGCAGUUGCCAUGCUUGGGUGGAAGCAUGGUCAGACAGCAAAUGGCAUCCAGUGAGAGCAGCACACAGCCGAGGACUGCUGCCAUGUCCCCAGGCAUCACCACGCACUGCGAUCCGUGCACCGUGUGCUUCCAGUGUCACACUGGCAGAGCAUGCCUGUGGCCUUGCUGUGUGCAGGGCUCCAGCUCCAAGCAUCCUCCUUGUUUCGGUUAGGCCACAAGUAUCCUGCUUUUGUUUGUGGCUAUCACAGCCAGCCAGCAUUGUUUGUUACCAGCCGAUAAGCGUGCACAUAGAGAGCUGUCUCAGUGCUCUGUGCCACCGAGGGGACGUUUCCCCAGGAAUAGCACAGCCCCCAGCCCCCCCAUGCUCUUUGCUGGUCCUUCAGCCCCUUGUUCAGCAUCUCUGGGGAGCGCAGUGGCACUGUGUGCCUGCGGGCUGAUGUGCACAGGAGAGCACUGUGCUGUGCAUGCCGUGUGAGGAGCAGAAAAGACAACAUCUGCUUGUGUUCGUGUGACCUGCAGUGUGUAGUCUAAUGAUUCACUGGACACAAAAUUACCAAAGUGGACACUAGGAGGAAGAGAUCUGCUCCUGCAGUGCUUUUAAUAGUAGUUCUCUUUUUGGUGUUCCUACAAAUAAACCCCCAGCACUCUGAAGGAGAUGGGAUGUGGCUGUAGCACCAGAACAGACAGGCACAAGGAAAAGCACAGCCCAGCAGCGGAGCCGCUGCCUUCCUCCAUCUCCACAAGCAGACACAGGACUAAACAGAGCUGCACCACCAGGCAGGAGAGCCAAAUUCACCUUGGCCAUGUGUGUGCAUUUGUCCUGUGCUGGAGAAGCAGCAGAUAGAAAACAGGACACAGGAAGGACAGACUGCAAACACAGCGCAUGUAACAUGGCAGUAGAAAGAAGUGUUGCUCACCAAACUUUCACCAGCAUUACUGUUUACCACUUACUGUCCUAUUUCAGACGAGCAAACCAGGCUGAGUAUCUGCAAACGAUUAAAGGCAAUAAAUACCAA